AUGGGAGAGACCGAGGACCCAAAUUAUCGGGCAGGCAACGGGCUGACCAGACGGGUACAGGGACCUGGUGAGGAGAUGGGAGGGGUCACGCUAGAAUCGCCAUUUUCACAAGCUUUGACAGAAGCUCAAGCAGAUGAGCUCGUCAACAGCCAACGCGCUCUCUACGAGCAAGCUCUCAAGCGCCCUGGGAAGAAGGGAAAGAAGCCGGGCAAAAAGGGUGGACGUCCUACACCCCGAGCAGACGACUUACCUGCAACCGAAACUACCCAGGAGCCGCUUGAACCGGAGUCGCACGGUGCUCAACCAACGGGCGCGAGUUUCCUACAGCAGCUUCACACCAACUCUAACUCCCUCCCGAACCCAUCUCCUGUCACAAGUACCCGGAAGGCCCUUGUUGCUGUCCAGCAGGCCCCUGUUGCUACCUUGCAGCAGAACCUCGACUGUGCUGCAAGUCCCCAGCAGCACAACGUUCACUCCGUCGCUGACACAACCACUGGCGAGCUGGCUGCCGAUGUGUUACCGGAUGUCAACGGCAUCGCCUUCGACGAGGAUGAAGACGAGGAGCAGGACGACGAGCAGUUAGAAGAUCGUGACGAUGCGCUGGAUGAGGACGAGGCUGAGGAGUCCGAAGGCGAAGAUGACGGUUCUGGAGAAGCUGGCGGUCAGAACCAUCAAGCUGCUCAGCCGCAACACCAUCAAGUUGCUCAGCAGCACCACCAUCAAGCUGCUGAACAACAGCAAUAG